CGAAGUACUUUAUAAACGUUUUUAUACCGAGAAGUUGUUGAGACCAUUGUUCGGCUCGUUUAUGUCACAUGACUAUAGAAGGUACACGCACCCUUUGCCCGCAGUGCGCGGAUGGUGGCUGACUGGGAACGUUUGUGAUUCUUGUUUAUGAAAAAAGCAGGCGGGAUUUGACAUUUCGUGUGUAGAGUGCGGAAAGGAGCUGGAUCGCGCUCUGAGUUUGAGUAGCAUUGUUGUAGCGUGCGAUUUUUAAAUGCCUUCAGAUUGAAUGGCCUGCUAUGGAGGCAGCAGAAGAAACAGCAGUUGCUGAGGGAAUAGAGUCCCUUGCUGUGGAAGAGGAAGAAGAGGAGGAGGAGGAGGAAAGGCAUCAGGCAGGAGAAGAGGAAGAAAAUGCAGAGGAAGGGAAUGUAGAGGAGGAGGAAGAAGAAGAAAAUGCUGAAAAUGAAGACUGGUGCGUGCCAUGCAGUGACGAUGAGGUUGAAAACCCUGAUGGUUGGAUGCCACCCAUUAAAGAGAUCCAGCGUCUCUAUGAACUCAUCGCUAGUCAGGGGACUUUGGAGCUUCAGAUGGAACCUCCUCACUACCGUUCCCUGACACCUGACCAGGAGUCUGAUGAAGACCUGUCUGAUGAUGACUAUGAUGAUGACUAUGGUAAUGAUGAACCUGAGAACCAGUCUGAGGAAGAUGAGAAGGGCACCUUUUUGAAAGAAUUUGAAUUUGAUGACGAGCCUACAACUCCAAAACCAUCCUUCUUUGAUCGUCGGAGGACACCUGGAAGUUCAGUAAAGUCUGAGAAACGGGAAGCACGUAUGGACAAGGUUCUGUCUGACAUGAAGAGACACAAAAAUCUUGAAGAACAAAUCAGGAAAACGGGCCAAGACUUGUUUGACCUCGACUCAGAAAUGGCAACCCCGAAGCGUACCACAGCAUUUUUCCAGCGUCAACGGAAAUACUGAGGAAAACCUACCUAGCUGUACUGUCAUUCGACUGUCUUCUGUGGAGAAAGCUGGUGUAACUGAUGGGUUAAUCACAAACCAGUGCAUGAGCCCCUGAGUUGGCAUUUCAGUGCAUUGUUUACUGAAGCCAACUCUGCUUCUUAAGCAGGACUGGUUCUGUGAUUGAGCUACAAUCUUAAGCUUAAAAAAAAACAGGAGUGGAGAUUUUCUUGGCUUAUUGAUGGAAGAUUAAGCAGCUUUGUAGGCCGGAAGUGCCAACAAAGUACAUGGUGAGUAGCCACCAGGCAUGGUGGCUGCCAAAUAGUUUUAAAGCAGACAUGAUUGCAGAGGUUAGAAAUAGAAAUUAAUGACUAUAUUCAUCCAGAAGGAACGGAAUGAACUUUUCUUAGUAGAAAAUGUUUCCAGUUUUUACUUACAACCUAAAAUGGUUUUAAACUGUUUGAAAAGUAAAUGUGUUUGAAUCAUUUGAUUUUCUUAUUGUAUUUGUAAGUAAUUUUCUGUAUUAAUAAGUAUUUUUUAACUUUGUUAUUUAGUAACCUGUACAAGAACUUUUGUUUAGUAUGCAUAACAAAAUCAUGGCCAGCAAGGGAUGUGGAUUAAAAGCAUAUUUAACAUGGUAGCAUGUGUUUCGGCAAAGGGGCCACAUAGAGUACAUUAUGUUAUCUCUCUUUGUAUAUUGGCUUAAGAUCUCUGGCUCUGGGGUUCAUUUCUUAUUUCUGCUACCAAGUGUCUGAGAGUUUGCUUUUUCUUUUGUUUAUAUGGGUUUUCUGUAUUUACUCUUGUUUUUCUUUUCCUGCCUCCCCUAAACAUACUAGUUGACAACUCUAAAUAUAUAUAUAUAUGUGUAUGUGUGUGUGUGUGUGUGUAUAUAUAUAUAUAUAUAUAUAUAUAUAUAUAUAUAUAUAUAUAUAUAUAUAUAUAUGUGUGUGUGUGUAUAUGUAGAUACAUACAUAUUUUCUCUGCUCUUACGGCUAGAGUUGUAGUUAAGAAGGGUCCAUGGUAAGCACUUCACUUACCCAGUUAGUAAAUGAAUAAAUUAAAUGAAAUUACUGCAAAUUUUACUUGAUGACUUGCUGUUACACAAGGCUUGCCAUUACAUUUUUGGUUAAUCUGAUCCCCAUCUGAGAUGUAUAUUAAAUAGAAAAAGGGGACAGUACUUCAUAUUUGUGUUACUGAUUAUGCUUUUUAUGGAGUUGUACAACCACUAGCUGUUUUAUUGCAGCAGUAUUUGUGUUUUUUAGUGUGUGUGCAUGUGUGUGUCUUUGUGAAUGAUAAGUUUUAGACAUACAAUUAAAAAAAAAUAUAUAUAGCAACUUUCAGUUGAACAAUGCUCUUGAGUUUUCCUAGCUGUGCUCACUUUACUUUUUGUAGGUAGCUUGUAGGAAGGUGGUAGUUUUUUAUGCAGUGAAUUAACUAUAUUCGUUCAGGCCUCUACCUGCAUCUCCUGUGUCUCUUUGUAGGUAGCUGUAGGAAGUUGCUAGUUUUUUAUGCAGUGAAUGAACUAUAUUCGUUCAGGCCUACUUGUAGGCCCUGGACAUCCCUUUUAUUUCUGAGAGCUCUGCCUGAUCUGCUGCAGAAAUAUAAUAUGAAGUCUAUUUUGUCUCCCUCCAUGUUGUCUUUAUUUUUAAUUACUUCCGAACCAAAGGGUAGAAGGGUAACCGACAAACCUUUCUGUAAAAACUACAAUAAAUGCCCAGCCAAACUAGAGUCUUCACUAUUUAAAACCUUAAACCUUCUGUAGUGAGGACCCAUGGGAUAAAUGCAAAUGACCCCUUAUGGACAUACCAGUAUUUUAUCUGCAUGGCUUCUGAAUGCCCAUGAAUUUUUACUUUUUACAUUUAGGCCAAUAAAGCCAAACCCCAGUAGCUGUAGACAUUGCAUAUACCCCAGUCCUGUUUGUGAACCACAGCUGGCUUCAGAAAACAACAAAUGGAAAUGUUGACACGGAGGUUUCUUAUUAGGUCCCAAAGUUGUAGGCUUUUACAUCAAUUCUGUAAGAAAGUCCAUCUUUGGUGACAUAACCCCCUGUCCUUCCCUGCCUUGUUUAAUUUUUAUUUCUGGCUUUUUUUUCUCUAAUGUGAGCCUCUUGAGUUCUACUAAAUGCUGAACUGGAGACACUUUAUGCAAUGGUGCAUGAUGUUGAAGUGUAUGGGAAAUAAACUGGAAACGUUUUAUGUGCUAAGCAGCAUUACAACAUGGCAUACAGAUCGCUAAAGAUGGGCUUUUAAAAAAAGAUUUAACAUUAUAUCAACUACCCUUAAGUUUUAUUUUCUGUGAUCUUAAUUUCAGAGCUCUUUUUGAGUGAUUUUUAAUGGACAAAUGCUUCCCACGACAUAUCAUUAGUAAGUGUUCAUUUGUGGGUAUUGUCUCUUAAACUUGGUUCUGUGAAGAGACUGUGCCUUGAGCUGAACCGCAUAGAAUGUCUAAUUCUGAGAUCUGCCCUGCCCUAUGAUCUGCGGGAAAAGAAUAGUUUAGCAGCCUACUGAAUCAGGAAGACAGGUUUACACCUUAUAAUGUGGAAAGUAAUAAAACUUGGCUGUUACUUUUAAUUACUUUUGUGACAGUUUAACUGUAAUUUUUGUGUGCCUGGCCCUCUAACUUGUUUGUGCUUGUGCUCAACUGUGUGUCUACAGCACUACUUGUGCGUGCUGCCUUCAGUGUACUUUUCUUACAGUAUAUCUAUGUAUUUGUUGCAAUUUAUUGUAGCAGGUGUUUUGCAUGUACAGCAUUCAGCACCAAGAUUACGCAUUUAUAAUGUGAAAAGAAAUAAUCUGAACAAGUAAAUCAAAAAAGUGCUUUGGUCAACAUAAA